CGGACCCGCGCGGAAAAACACAAUGUGACGUGGCUAAUCGUUGGACAAAAAGAAACCAGAAAUCCUAAAUCCUUAACUCCUCUUUACUGGAGAACUAAAACGUGUUGCAAGUGUGCAGACACACGUUCGAACCCAAAUAGAGAAGAUAAACCCUGCGCGUUGUCGACUUAUGGGAGUGCUAGCAGGCUAGGGUGACGUUAGCCGCUAGCCGCUAGCAUCGGGACUUUGAGAGGCAUGCGCUGAGACGUUCGAGAUGUCGGACAGCGAGGAAGUUCCGGAGGUGGCGCCCGAGGUGCAGAGCGACCCUCUCGCAGAGACGCCCGACAGCUCCUCGCCGCCCAUCCCUGACAACUCGACCGACGUGGCCCCGACGAGGAAGGCCAGGAGGAGACCAGACGUCGACCCGGCACCCGACGAGCAGGAGACCCCCAAACUAGAGGAGGAGGAGGAGCAGCAUGCGAAGGCACCGACACCGAGUGAGUCCACUGUGUCCCAGGGUGGUUGGGGAUACUGGGGCAGCUGGGGCAAGUCCAUCUUAUCCACAGCAACAGCUACUGUGGCCACUGUGGGCCAAGGCCUCACGCAGGCGAUAGAGAAGGCAGAGACGUCGCUGGGAAUCCCCAGUCCCACCGAGCUGUCGGCACGAGCGGAGGAGGAGGAGCAGCAGAAAGACCACGGCGGAUCGAGCAUCCGGGCGGACAGGGCGGCAGCAGAGGGGUCAGGGGCUGUGGGGGGCGCGAUGGGAAUGCUGUCGUCGCUCGGCAGCGUCAUGCAGAGCACAGGGAAGACUGUGAUAUCGGGCGGUCUGGAUGCUCUGGAGUUCAUCGGGAAGAAGACGAUGGACGUGAUAGCAGAAGGCGAUCCCGGCUUCAAGAAGACCAAAGGACUGAUGGGAAGGAACUCCACUCUCUCUCAGGCGUUGAGGGAGGCGAAGGAGAGAGAGACGCUGCAGGCAGCGGAGAAAGACUUCUCCGAUUCCGAGAAGAAAGUGGUCGCUCACUACGGGAUGCUGUUUGAUGAGUUUCAGGGUCUGUCGCACCUCGAGGCGCUGGAGAUUCUGUCUCGAGAGAGCGAGUCUAAGGUGAAGUCGGUGCUGACCACUCUGUCAGGGGACGAGGUGGUCCAACUCCAAGAGGAGCUGGAUCUCAUCAAGGACUCCUUCUCCCUGGUGGAGUUUGACGAGGAGGACGUGGACGAGAAGAAAGACCAAGACGGCUCUGAGUUUGAGAGGGAGUUGGCGGAGGCGUUGGAAGGCCUCAGUGUGACGGCCACUGUGGACAAACUCAGCAAGGCCUGCAGGAGCACCUGCAGCCGGAUCACUGACAUGAGCAGAGAGGAAGAGGAGAGCGAGGACGACGUGAAGAAGGCCCCAUCCGUGGAGGAGGUCCAUGCCGCGGCCAUCAGGAGUCUGGCGGAGCUGACGGCUCGAUCCAUCGAGCUCUUCCACAAACUGGCUGAGAUGCUCCUCUCCUCUGGCGGCGGCGUGCAGGCCGGCGUCCUGUCGCAGUUAACUGUGGUCCUCUGUAAAGAGCUCUCGCUGCUUUCCAAGAAGUUCACCUCCUGCCUGACGACAGCCGGCUCCAACGAGAAGGGAGACGUCCUCAACCCGCUGAUAACCGGAGUCUUUUUAGAGGCGUCCAACAGCGCGUCGUACGUCCAGGAUGCUUUCCAGCUGCUGUUGCCCAUCCUGGAGAUCGCCCACAUCCAGAGGAGGGACGAAUCCACGGAGCAGUGACCGUGUCCGAAGCGUUGCCAUGACGCCCGGGACUCGCUGGACUGACACAUCUUUAAGAUGCUCGUGCUGCUUUGUCUGGUGUCCGGCACAGAAAAGGGAAUCGGUUUCACACCUGGGAAGAAAAGCGUGUUUUCGUCAAGCAGUGUUAACUUUUGUUGUGGUAUAAUUAUUAUAAUUAAGCUUAAGUGGAUGAACUUGUGUCAGCACGAGGUAAUCUUAACUUAAACAUUUCUUUAUUCAGCCCCGGAGAACCCUUUGGCAGAGGUAAUUAAAUAAACUACAGGUGUGUGACACUAUAGACAGUACGAUAUGUAGUUAUUUAGCAGGAAAUUGGGACUUUAAUGCAAAUCUCUCCCAUUGUAACUCUCCAGUGUACAGAUUAUUGUUGUUCAUCCUCGUGAGCAUCCGGACUCUGACUGUGUGUUAUACGAAAGAAUCGAGGACUCAAUCAGCUUUAAAUAAGUGUGUUCUGUCCCUCACAUGUCGCCGGAGCCUUUUUUCGCUUUCACCGGCCACAGAAUUCAAGACUCAAGACUAUUUUUAGAAGUAAAAAUUGCUGAGGGACGAGUCUCAGGUGUUGACCCCAUAGUAACACACUACAAACAUUUUGGCCGCACAGUUUCUAUUUUUGAUACCAAGGUGGUUUAUCUCUCAGGACCACACCUUCAAAGACCAGUUAGAGAAAUGUGCAAACGUACACAUUGUAGAUUUCACUUUUCAUUAUAAAUCGCGUCAUUAUUAUAUUGGACUUCAGGUGUUUAUUAAUCAACGCAGGAGUGUCUCUCUGCCACGAGGAUCGUAAUCGUUAUCUUUAGCUAACGAGCUUUAGAUACAUGACAGUGGACGGCUAACAGCUGUGUGUUUAAGCAAUAUAUUUCACUGUACAUCAAGUGCUUCAGAUGGUUUUCAAAUAAAUUGGCCAGUUUUAGUGUG